AUGGAUAAUCCCAACAAUCUGGACAGUCUUUUGGCUGCCGCUAACACAGAUACGCAGGUUUUUGAUUGUGCAUUGCUCCAGGUCCUCAAUCUCUUACUGCUUGAUUUAUAUCAACAGAAUCUGAAUAUCACUCACUUGAUCCAGCCAGCAUCCUCAGGUCCACAGUUUGACACAUCUGCAUCCCCACCAAUGCUUGCUCCCGAUGUUGUAUCAGCGAGAAUGGUUGUUUUUCUUCUGCUCACUGAAUACGACUUGCGUCACAAUACAAGUCUUGGGCCAAUGUUCUCCCCGGCCAUCCAACACUUCAUAUUGCAAUCCUCGCAUGUUGCAGUACCCCAGACUCCACUGAAUGACUUGCACGGAUUCCCAGGAAAUGAUUCCAGCCAGGACUUCAACAUGAACGACACAUUCUCCAACUAUGGAAUACGGGGGUUUCAAUCACAAAAUGUCUCGUUUAACGACUUUUCUAGUAUACUAAGCACCUCUCAUCUCAUUCCUGCUCGAGCUGUAUCUCCCAACUCCCAAGAAGCCAGUGUUCCAUCAGAUCUUGUUACAGCAUCAAUAGCGUCAGCUGAGUCUCAGGUGGUGUGGUCUCCAGAUACUCAAGAUACCAGCUUGUCCGCAGCGAACACAGAUGUAGGACCAAGCAACCACAACGAAGACUUGGACGCGCAUGCACUCGCUGAUUUCAACAUCACAUGGGACGUCAGAGAGCAAUUGGCUGUACACCAUUACAGUGUCAAAGACCAAAACCACCUUAUUUUUGCCCGACAACAAUUCUGCGUUGACGUGAUGUUUGCUCAGGAGAGGGGCACCAUCAUAGACGAUAUUGAUAUGGUUCAAAGCACACAAAUACUACAGAUGCCAGCGUCCAUAGCACUGGACGUCGUUCAUUUAGCAGGGACCAAUAUUGUGUUUGAACUGAUGCACAUCUGCGCUCUCAAGAUCAGGGCGGGUGUCAUCCAUAUUUUCCCCCUACAGUCAAUUGUUGAAGAGAGGGAGAUGGAUGGUCAUAGCAUAGCAGCAUACUCAAAGGAGAGGGCCUCGAUUGGCAUUCACAACUUCAAAUUCUUAUUCAAUGAUCAUGGUUCUGGGGUGGUGCUGAAAGAGCCGAUGAUGGAGCUAUGUACGAGAAGGAAGGAAAUGUUGCUCGAUGGCAAUAGUAUAUUUUUGUCCUUCACAACAUCAAGGGUGUGGAAUCAAAGUAAUGCCAUAUUGUCCAAUCUAUUAUAUAGCUUUGUCACCAACCAGUAUACUGGCAAAACCUUUUUUGGUUCUGAUAUACAUGUAUCAAAACUAUACUACAGUAAAGACUAUACCUUAGGAAACAUUCCAUAG